CUGAAAAUGUCAUGUCCCAACAAUGUGACUUCUAACUCGUUUUUGAUGGACUCGUUGGCCGGUACCUGUAGAGGGGAGAAUUAUUCCUCCAGCCAAGGGAUGUACAUGCAGCCUGGGAGCGAUUUCAGCUGCGGAGUCAUGAGGAACUGUGGAAUUAUCCCGUCUCUUUCCAAAAGGGACGAGGUGAAUAGCGCUACCUUGUCUCUCAGCACCUAUCCAUCUUACCUUUCUCAGCUAGACACUUGGUGUGACCCCAAAAAUACGUACAGGAUCGAGCAACCUGUUGCAAGACAGCUCCCAUCCUGCUCCUUCCCAACCAAUGUCAAGGAAGAGAAUGUUUGCUGUAUGUAUAACGCUGAUAAAAGAGCUAAAAAUGCCACAGAGACAGCCCUCUACCCCAACCAAAUGCCUGAGUCUUGCCUAAAUGACCAUGAAGUCCCCGUUCCUAGCUACUACCGAGCAAGCCAAGGUUACCCCUCCAUGGAGAAGACGUCAAACUGCAGCAAUCCAAAUGAGUUUGAGGCAAGUUUUGAAUCCAGGGCGAGCCUGAACCCAAGGAAUGAGCAUCUGGAACCAGCACCACCACCUCCUCCACCUCCUCCGCCGCCCCCGGUGGCUAAAGUGAGUUUCCCCGAAAACACAAAAACAGAUAAUACUCAGAACACAUCCACGAACGAAAUUAAAACAGAAAAAAGCGCCCCAGCACCCAAAAUAAGUCCUUCGGAAGCAGAGAAAGACCUGAAUAAAAACACUGACACCAGCACUGACAAUUCUGACAAUGAAGCAAAAGAGGAUAUAAAGGCAGAAAACACUACAGGAAAUUGGCUGACAGCAAAGAGCGGAAGAAAGAAAAGGUGUCCUUACACCAAGCACCAGACGCUGGAGCUGGAGAAGGAAUUCUUGUUCAAUAUGUACUUGACCCGUGAGCGCCGCCUGGAGAUUAGUAAGAGCAUUAACCUGACAGACAGACAAGUCAAAAUCUGGUUUCAAAACCGCAGGAUGAAACUCAAGAAAAUGAACAGAGAGAACCGAAUCCGUGAACUGACUUCCAAUUUUAAUUUCACUUGAGUGUGCUCCAGCCCCUAUGCAGGCGAGGGAGAGGGGAGAGAGGAAAAGCCUUGUGCAGUUUGGGUUUUUAUUUUUUUUUUCUGGGUAUAAAUGCAAUGCGUAUGCAAAAUUAAAGGACCUCAAGUCAUUUGGGUAUUUACAGUUUGUAGAGAGAAGAUGCAGCGGUAUGAGCAUGAGGAUAUAUAUUGCAUCCGUGUUUCUAUGUAAAAUAAAGAAGGAGAUGGUUGCUAAAAACCACCUUAUAAAAUGUUUAAGUUAUUUACGUGCAGCACAAAACAGAAGGACCUUUCUCUAUGCAUUUUAUGUUUAGGAUA